AGACGGUUACAUCACGUUAAAUGCAUCCGCAUGCCGGCUUGACUGGGCUGUGGACCCUGAAUUUCAGAUCAGAUCAGACACUCCCCAAACGUCUUAUGCUUAUGUAUCCUAGAUCUCAACACUUAACUUGUCCAUUCAGGUAUUACCACCAGGCCUCUACCUAGCACCCCUCUUGACAGGAUAAGACUGGUACUACUACCUACCUUUAUGCUUUUAAAUCUCUAUAUACCGAUAUAACCAUGAAUGCUACUACUACACCUACGACGAACAUAUCCUUGCGCGCAAGGAGUGGUGAACUUAAAUGGCCGUCAAAGAUCUACCAGGCUAUAGCAACACCUGUAAACUUCAUCACGUUCCUCGUAUCUCUGUACCUUGUAGACAGCCGUAACCGAGCGCAACGCUAUCGUCAGCCCGAAAGGAAGAUAAGAGACAGCAGUGAUCGAACCUGGUUAUCCAGGCUCUUAUACGAGCAAAACUCCUCUCCAUAUGAAUGGGUGGACAAUUACCAGACUUCGUCAUCAUCUCAGUCGACGCAUGCUUUCCCGCAUAGAAACGUUCGGGACAAACAUGCUGAGUCUCCAAAGGAAGCAAAAAAUUGGUUUUACCACACGAAGCAGAAGAAGCUUCUUAGGGCAGAAGCGGCAAAUGCAUUCGCUGUGCGAGACUCGGUGCUGUUCGCCCUGGGAACUCUAGCUAUCUUUCUCCUUUGGGUGCUUUGGCAGACAGUGAAGUGGCUUACUGGUUGGGUUCUACAGCGCAUCAUUUUGGCGAAGGUCCAGAUACGUUCAUGAUCUGAACGGGUCAGCCCAACCGUCUGAAGUUGUGAGCCCAAGGAAAAGGCAAAGGCGGACUUUAUGCCGGGUAUUGAGGCACGUUUGUAGUCUUCUAGGCGAGCGAUAUCGGUCAUUCUCAAUACUUAGCGACCUCCCAUCUUUACGAUCCAUGGCGAUUUAACAGCCAAUGAAGGGUUUACUUCUCGUCAA